CGGCGCCGCGUUGCUACUCACUCCGGUCGCUGGCCAGCGGCGAGGCAGUAUGCCAUUUCAAGAGAAGCACAACUCUCUUUUUGCUUCAGUUUUAAGUCUCGCCUGGGUUAGUCUUAGUUAUGUAAGACCAACGUAGUUUCCAUGAAAAGAACAAGCAACGUGAAAGAAGAAGAAGAGACCGGUUUCUGGCCGGUAUAUAAGACGCCAGCUGACGAGAUAGUCAGACUAAGGUUGGGGUAACAACACAUUUAAUACGCCAACAUUAAUUAAUUCGUAAUUCAACCUCAACGUACAAAAAUAGCCAAUCUUUCGAAACUAGAUUUCAACAAUCAAAAUAGAAAUAUGAAGAUUCGAUUUCAACUACUUCUUGCCAUCACGAUUGUCGUACUAGCUCUCAAUUGUAAUGUUGCACAAGCUAGUUCUCGGCGCAUGCCAGCGCAUUUUUAUGGAGCUUGUUCGGCCCGACUUAUGGACACUUUACACACGAUUUGUGGACGCGGCGGAAUUAGCCUGCUGAGAAAUGCAUACCUUAUGAGACGCUACAGACCUAGGAGAUUUCGUCGAAAUGGUGCGAUGCUACGACGAGGUCGCAGAGAUGUUCAAAUUACUAGCGAUUUUCAACCGACAAAACCUCUUUCAUUUAGCGAUGCUAGAUGGCUCUUAUUCAGCAACGAAUCUCCACUCACAUCACUUAUACACACUGCACAUGACAUGCACAAAGAAAGAAAAGUAAAAAGACGAGUUCGUCGUCAGAUCUCACAAGAAUGUUGCGAAAAUGCGUGCGACCAUGAAAUAAUUCGAAGAAAAUAUUGCAAUUUUCGUUACGGUUAAAGUUCAAGUUUCAACAACAAGAAAUGAGAAACACAUGAUCAACUCCUGCAUAAGAUAGGAGAAGAAAUUUGAUCACGAGAAGAUCGUUCGUUACUCAAAUUCGCUGGAGUCAGACUCAACGAGUUGAAAUGUAGCGGAAUUGUAGCGGAAAGCAGUUUCAAAUCUCAACACGGAAGUUGUGAUGAACGAUGCGAGAUUUCAAUGGUUCAUUCCCGUCAGAAAUCGCUCGUCGGUAUCCGAGGGUGAGCCAACGCUGAAUCGCGUCAUUGAAACGCGUUUUAUCAUUGGCUCAAGCUCUGGAAUAUGUUAAGUAAAUAUUUUUGUUUGAAAUCGGUGGCGAAUCAGAUUAAACGAUUUCUGACUGAUAGGGAAUAUUAGUAUUAAUCGAACGUACAUGUGCAAUUUUUUCUUUAUUGUUUCUUUCAAAUAGGAUCAUAUUUGCUUCUAAUAUUAAGCGAAUAGUAACUGUAUUCCUCCCCAAUGUAUAAUUUUCUGAAAAUUCGGCCUUGAACCGCACUAUCAAAUGUAACCUACUAUACCAAGUUGAACUCCCGCAUGUUUCGGUUGACAUAUUUACCGAAUUCACCCAGUCUGACCACCUGUUGCAAAGGCCUUUCCUGAUAAGCCAACUCUUGCAACUAUGAUUUCACAAAACUGCCGCACUGUGAAAAUUGCGUUCUUUUGUUGUUGCGGUAUGGCGACCUACGUAUGUUACUCUGCACAUUCCAAGCCAUCGAUCGUUAUGAAUCAAACAAUUCUUCAAUAAAAUGUCCGUCGUUUCACAAAAAUUAGGCUCGUGCACGACAGCAGCUCGCUUUCUUGUAUGCCGAAUUCCAACAGUGUUUUGACCAAGUAAUAUCUUAUAGUUUUACUGCGGUUGUGUGUAUAUGACGCUAUUUUUGCCCAAAUUAUGUGACGGAAAACAAUAUAUUUUUUCUAAUCUUUACUGUCUUUGUCUAAUCGUCUAUUGUUCGUAUUUAUUUAUAACGUUUCAUUUUUUAUCGCGACGGGGACCAUUGCACUCCAUUUGUAAGUUCAAUUCAGGCGACGGUCACACGUAUUAAAUGACGUGUUAAAUUUUUGAAAAAAAAAUUGGGAGUGCAAUUCGCGCCGCGAUACUUUUUGAUGUCUGACGGUCCUAACUUUAAAGACAAACACGCCGAUAAAGUGUGUUAUAUCUUAGUGCUUUAAUUCAUAUAGCAUACUACACUAGAUCAUUAGGUAAUGCUUAGCGUCGCACCUAUCAAAACCAAAUCUGACUUUUGGCUAAGUACUGGGCAAUAGGCGACUUAACGCCAGGUGCGAUGAGAACUUAUGCCCAGUGUACUAGAAGCCAAUUAACACUACUAGUAGUAGAAUAACAUACGAGCACAUAUAUCUGACAAAGAGCUAUACUUUUGCCUACAUGUAGCAAAUCAAGUUAACAGCGAUAUAAAUUAAAGAAAAAGUUCUUGCUUCUUUCAAUCUCAUUUUCUACCAUUAUAAGUUCAAAAAAUAAACUCUUUCAACGUGAACAAAACCUGAAAA